AUGGCGAAAUCAGUAAAAUGUAACAGCGAUGAAGAGUGCGAAAUUAUUUGGCCACGAGCGACAUGCAGAAAUCGACGAUGUGUUUGUCCGGAAAACAGUAUAAGGAAAAGGAGUCAUUCGUAUGGUUGGGUAUGUUUGUCACUAUUGGACGCCAGUACUGGAAUGUUAGGUCCACCAUUAACAUGCCCGUUACCAGAGGGAGCAGGUUUUCGUACUAUCUUCAAUAAGGAUUCUGCAUUUUUAUGUCAGUCUAAACAAAAGAACCACUGUCAAAAAGGUUACGAAUGUAUUCAAGGAAUCGGUUAUUCGACGAACCAAGGAGAUGGAGUUUGUUGCCCAACCAGAGAAAAUGCUUGUAGACAAAUUUGCAAUAAAUCGAAUGAUGGUUGGAUAUUACGAUGGUAUUUUGAUGGAAUCGAAUGUCGAUCGUUUUUAUGGAAUCCUGAAAAAAAUUCGACAGCAAAUAAUUUUACAACAAAAACACAUUAUGGCAAAAGUGUAUGUAUGCCAGCGCCGGACUCAAUUUAUCCUUAUAAAAAACGUCUCAAUUUUCUCAAGAAAGGUACCAUCGUUCAAUUAAAUAAAAAAUGCAACAUCGAUUUACGUGAUGUGCGUUUAACAUCUACCGAACUUGACCACCUUUUAUUGGAUGACAUGUUCAUUGAAUUGACAGAUAAUAAAUUAGGCCAAGGCGCAGUUGGUUUCGUUUUUAAAGGAUACGUUUAUGCAAAAACUAAGACAAGAUUUAAGCAGAAAGUCUUCGCUGCUGUUAAAAUGAGUUAUCCAAUGCCACAGAAGUCAAUGGGACUACUGGAUGAAGCUUUCCGUAUGUCGAAACUCGAUCAUCCAAAUAUUGUAAAAUUGAUAGCGGUUAGUAAAUUGUCGUUUGAAGCGUUUCGCCCGAUGAUUGCAAUGGAAUGGCUUCCAGGCGGAUCACUUGCAGAAUAUUUUCGUAACCAUAUUCGUAAAAACGAAAAUGCUCCACUUGUCUAUGUUCGAGAUAUUGUACAUAUACUUCGUCAAGUUGCUCAAGCUUUAAAAUAUUUGCAUGAAAGUGUCGAUGACUCGGGAUAUGACGCUAGCCAUGGAGAUGUAGCAGCUCGUAAUGUUCUACUUGCCUCUACAAAUCUAAGAUGCCAAGCAAAACUUGGUGAUUUUGGAAUUCCAAUCGAUUUUGGUCCACGUUUACCUAUACCCUGGUUACCACCAGAAAUUGUUAGUUCGCUUGAUCGGACGCGCAUAAUUCAUCGACCAGAAAGCGACGUUUGGAUGUUUGGCGUUCUCGGAUGGGAAUGUGCAACUCUUGGAGCCGAACCACAUUAUCAGAGAACGGUCGAUGAAAUACAGCAAUGCUUUACGUGGCCUGACCGAGGAUUACAUCGACCACCAUCCUGUCCUUUAGAUUUUUGGAAUUUUUUAAUGGAUUGUAUGUCGGAACAACAUCGACGUCCGAGAUUUGCUGGCUCUGUUAAAACUGUUUCAUCUGCAAUAUAUCGCCUAGAAAUUUUACGCAUUACCUAUGAAAGAAACGAUCAAAUCUUUACGAUUUAUAAUAAUAUAUCAAAUUGUACGUGUCAUCAACAUCGUUGCAAUAUUCCAUUACCAUCAUUUUCAUGUAAAUGUUAA